GCGCUUCAUUUCAAUUUCACUUCCACCACGACGCUCAGGCCUUCCUGCUUGUUACUACAUUGCCCAUAUUUCACUGGCUUGUUCACCCGUCUGCUUUAUUUAACUGAUCAAAACAUGCGACCAGUAGUCUCGUACGAGGACAUCACCAAUCCUGAAGCAGACUCGCAAGCGCAACCUGCACAGCUAGGUCCUCAACUUCCCUCCUCUGCACCUCAACCUCCUGCUAAAAGGCGCAAGAAGUCUCAUAACCAGCAACAACACCAGCAGAACCAUCAUCCGCAUCAUAGAACGCGCGGUCAUCCAGCACAGUAUGUGCAGCAUUGGGAUGAACCAGAUGCUUCCGCGCCGGAGAUGAAUUAUGGUGGUGAGGGUGAGAGUAUGUAUGUUGAAGGUGAGGAAGCGGAAGAGGGAGAAGGAUAUGAGGAGGGAGACUACGAGGAGGAAUAUGAGGAGGAGGAGAGUAGGGAGUUGACGCAUGAAGAGGUUUGGGACGAUUCCGCACUCAUCGAUGCCUGGAAUUCCGCCGCAGCUGAGUACGAGGCGUACCAUGGAAAGGGUAAGAAAUGGAAAGCGGAACCUGUAAAGAAGUCACCGCUAUGGUACAACGUGCCUCCCGCUCCUUCAAAAACCAGAAAGAAAGGUCCCGUUCCUUCGACUCAAAAUGGUGGCGACGCAUCGGAAGACUCCACCCCUGUCAACUUCGAUACUUUCAUCCCGAAUCAUGAUCCCUCCCUCGCUUCGGGACAACCGCAUCCACCUUCGGUCCCCGGACCCGAUUAUGCUCAAUAUUACCUACCCAACCCUCCCGGUCCGAUGGUCAGUCAGGAUGAAGCGUUCCAAAGAGCAUUAUCAGCGAUGUAUUGGGGUGGAUACUGGACGGCAGUGUAUCAUUGUCAAAGACAGGGCGAACAACCUGCUCCUGAAGUCGAACAGGAUGCUGAGGAUGGCGAAAUAGAUGCUACUGCAGGAGAGGAGAAUGCAGAAAUGGAAGAGGACUUGGUUCCGUCCCAGCGGUAGUGUUCUUUGUGAUCCUCAUUUUGGAAUGUGACCCAUGGUGUAUGUGGUUUUAGAAGAGAGCUGUUCGUAUGUGAUAAAUGACCAAUGCCUCCCUGCCCGAGGUCUUUACGUGUUAUGCAGCGCCGCAUCGCCUGUCACAUACAUCGUACUCUUAUCUCAACCUCUUUAGCAUUCUUUGUCCUUACAUGCUCUCGUGCUUGCGGAUCCUUACGCCACAAUUCGCCAUGCAAUAUAUGUCACGGUGUGGG